CAGGUCCUCUCUUGUUGUUGGCCACACACGAAGAAGGCUAUGAUGGGAAUGAAGGCAAAAACUUGGAAGUUUCACUUGAUUCAUUGCUUCUGUCUGCAAGAUCAUCCUUUAGAAGGGAAGCUGUUCCGAGUGGUGGUGAACUCCAAAGGGCAGGACUUGUUCUAGGAGGAAAUGGAUGCAAGUAGCUCCGGAGACCCCCAACGCUUGCUUCCUGUGGUGUAGCUCAGGGAAGCCCUUCUGCUGGGGGGGAUGCCGCCGGCUCUGGACCGCAUGGCUGAUUCCUGAAUGAUGAUGGUUCGCCGGGGGCUGCUUGCGUGGAUUUCCCGGGUGGUGGUUCUGCUGGUGCUCCUCUGCUGCGCCAUCUCUGUCCUGUACAUGCUGGCCUGCACCCCCAAAGGUGACGAGGAGCAGCUGGCCCUGCCGAGGGCCAAUGGCCCCACAGGGAAGGAAGGGUACCAGGCUGUCCUGCAGGAGUGGGAAGAGCAGCACCACAACUAUGUGAACAGCCUGAAGCGGCAGAUUGCACAACUCAAGGAGGAGCUGCAGGAGAGGAGUGAGCAGCUCAGGAAUGGGCAGUACCAAGCUAGUGAUGCCGGUGUCCUGGGCCUGGACCGAGGACCCCCAGAGAAAACCCAGGCUGACCUCCUGGCCUUCCUGCACUCGCAGGUGGAAAAGGCGGAGGUGCACUCUGGUGUCAAACUGGCUACGGAGUACGCAGCCGUGCCUUUCGACAGCUUCACCCUGCAAAAAGUGUACCAGCUGGAGACUGGCCUCACCCGCCACCCCGAGGAGAAGCCAGUGAGGAAGGACAAGAGGGAUGAGUUGGUCGAAGCCAUUGAAUCAGCCCUGGAGACCUUGAACAACCCUGCAGAGAACAGCCCCAAUCAUCGUCCUUACACGGCUUCGGAUUUCAUAGAAGGGAUCUAUCGAACAGAAAGGGACAAAGGCACCUUGUAUGAACUCACCUUCAAAGGGGACCACAAGCACGAAUUCAAACGACUCGUCUUGUUUCGACCAUUUGGCCCCAUCCUGAAAGUGAAAAAAGAAAAGCUCAACAUGGCCAACACACUUAUCAACGUGAUUGUGCCGCUGGCGAGGAGGGUGGACAAGUUCCGGCAGUUCAUGCAGAACUUCAGGGAGAUGUGCAUCCAGCAAGAUGGGAGAGUUCAUCUCACUGUUGUUUAUUUUGGGAAAGAAGAGAUGAAUGAAGUCAAAGGAAUACUUGAAAACACUUCUAAAGCUGCCAACUUCAGGAACUUUACCUUCAUCCAACUGAAUGGAGAAUUUUCUCGGGGAAAGGGACUUGAUGUUGGAGCCCGCUUCUGGAAGGGAAGCAACGUCCUUCUGUUUUUCUGUGACGUUGACAUCUACUUCACCUCUGAAUUCCUCAAUACAUGUAGGCUGAAUACACAACCAGGGAAGAAGGUAUUUUAUCCAGUCCUUUUCAGUCAGUACAAUCCUGGCAUAAUAUACGGCCACCACGAUGCAGUCCCUCCCUUAGAACAGCAGCUGGUCAUAAAGAAGGAAACUGGAUUUUGGAGAGACUUUGGAUUUGGGAUGACAUGUCAGUAUCGGUCGGACUUCAUCAAUAUAGGUGGCUUCGACCUGGACAUCAAAGGCUGGGGUGGGGAGGACGUGCAUCUCUACCGCAAGUACCUUCAUAGCAGCCUCAUCGUCGUGCGGACGCCUGUGCGGGGACUCUUCCACCUCUGGCACGAGAAGCGCUGCGUGGACGAGCUGACCCCCGAGCAGUACAAGAUGUGCAUGCAGUCCAAGGCCAUGAACGAGGCGUCCCAUGGGCAGCUGGGAAUGCUGGUCUUCAGGCACGAAAUCGAGGCUCACCUUCGCAAGCAGAAACAGAAGACAAGCGGCAAAAAAACAUGAACUCCCAGGGAUGGAUUCGGGGAGAUGUUUUAUUAUUGCUGUUUUUUUUUUCCUUUUGCAAUUACUGAAAAAGAGUGGCUGCAAAAAGGAAGAGACUUCCAUAAAGAAUGAAAAAAGAAUUUGAUCAGAAAAAGAGACGAGAGGAGAAAGCCUCUGAUUUCUCUCUAUUUGGCUUUAUGCAGUGGAAAUGAAAAUCUCCACUUUGCCUGGAAAAGUAGCCCAGUUGCACCCUGUGAUGUGUCCGACAAAGGCAGAAUGCUCGCGAGAUUACAACCCUCAUGGGGUGGAGGUUUUGCUUGUGUUUACAACAAAAUGAGAUCUGUUGUUUCCUGUGCUCGUUGAAAUAUUCGUCAAUUAAGACUAGUUCUGUAAAAAGCUCAUUAGAAUGAAAAGCAGGCUUAUUUCUCCUCAUACGAAUCAUCAUAUCAGUAGGGCUCUCGUUUCUAGGAAUGCUAAAAUGUCAGAAGGCAGGCGAGGAGAUAUAUUCAUUUCGAUCCUUGUGAGUAUAUACAGCAAAAUCAGAUAAACCAGAAAGGAAACCGUACAGAUUGUGUCAUUUUCCCCUCAAGAUUAACCAAAAAUAAUCUGCUCAUCUUUUUUUGGUUAUUUUUACCAUCUCCAUUUGUUUAUUUUAUUUUAAAAUGCACUUUUUUUUUUUGCUUGUGAGUUAUAGUCUGCUUAUUUAAUUACCAAUUUGCAAGCCUUACAAGAGAGCACAAGUUAGCAUACAUUUUUAUAUUUUUUUUAAAAGACACUUACAGAUGCAUUAUGAGAACUUUCAGUUCAGAGCAUCAAAUUGGUCCCAUAUUCAAGGACAUGCCAAGUGCUGAUUCUGUUAGACGCUGAAUGUCAGAGCCUGACAUUGGACAUAGGAGACAUAUGGAAGGCAUGGUUUGGGGCUACUGAUGGAGACAUAGAUGCUAUAUCUGAAGAGUAUUUCCGAUGAGGAGCAACUGAACACUGGAGGAAAAGAAAGACACUUUUCACCUUAACAGAAAAUGAAACUUAUUCAGAUUGGUGAUAUCGUGAUAUAUUUAAAAGUGAGAAAACACAUUUUCUCCUCAGGAGAAAUGACUGCUUCUUACCUGUUUAAACAAACCAAAGCAUACUGUGUGACCAAACAUUCUCUUUUCAAAGCAGGGUGCUCUUCCUGGCUUCUGGUUUCCAUAAGAAAUGCAGAAAAAAUAUAUUUUGUGAAAGCUCAAUCCAUCUGCUAGUGUCUAGUGGGAUGGAAGUUUUUGCUACAUGCCCAUCCACCCCAGGGCAGGUGGAAGUAAUUUAAUUAUUUUUUAAAUUAAGCAGUUCUACUCAAUCACCAAGAAGCUUCUGAAAAUUGCAUUUUAUUACCGUUUCAAACUAUUUUUUAAAAAACAAAUGUAGUUAACAUGGAGUGAUUUCUACAUUCAUGUGGAAAUUAUUUAUUUAUUAGCCAGCACCGGAUGCAUGAGCUAAUUAUCUCUCUGAUUCCUUACCUUCUGUUUGACCACAGUAAACUUAUUGUUUAAAAGCUUCAAGAACAUUCAAGCUGUUGGUGUGUUUAAAAAAAAAACAACAAAACAUUGUAUUGAUUUGUACUGGUAGUUCAUAAAAUUUAAUUAAAACACAGGCCAUGAAUGGAAGGAAAUAUUGCACAGCUAAUAAAAUUUGAUUCGUGGAUAUGA